AGGAGGUGCGCGGUGCGUUCAGUGCAGUGAGGCGGUGCCUGCACUGCCAGCUCCAGACUGCGGCGGGCAGAGCUGUACGGCACAGAAAUGGCGGAGGGGGAGUUGGACGUGGACUCGCUGAUUUCCAGGCUUUUAGAGGUGCGAGGAUGUCGUCCAGGGAAGAUCGUCCAGAUGACAGAGGCCGAGGUUCGCGGCCUCUGCAUCAAGUCCCGGGAGAUCUUCCUCAGUCAGCCCAUCCUUCUGGAGCUGGAGGCUCCUCUCAAAAUCUGUGGUGAUAUCCACGGACAGUACACAGACCUGCUGCGGCUCUUCGAGUACGGCGGCUUCCCUCCAGAGGCCAACUACCUGUUCCUCGGCGACUACGUGGACAGAGGGAAGCAGUCUCUUGAGACCAUCUGCCUUCUGCUGGCCUACAAGAUCAAAUACCCCGAGAACUUCUUCCUGCUCAGGGGCAACCACGAGUGUGCCUCCAUCAACCGCAUCUACGGCUUCUACGACGAGUGUAAACGCAGAUUCAACAUCAAGUUGUGGAAGACGUUCACCGACUGCUUUAACUGCCUGCCCAUCGCUGCCAUCGUGGACGAGAAGAUCUUCUGCUGUCACGGAGGUCUCUCUCCUGACCUGCAGUCUAUGGAGCAGAUCAGACGCAUCAUGAGACCCACAGACGUGCCCGACACAGGCCUCCUGUGUGAUCUGCUGUGGUCGGACCCGGACAAAGACGUGCAGGGCUGGGGGGAAAACGACCGUGGCGUCUCCUUCACAUUCGGGGCUGAUGUGGUCAGCAAGUUCCUCAACCGGCACGACCUGGACCUGAUCUGCAGGGCUCACCAGGUGGUAGAAGAUGGCUAUGAGUUCUUUGCCAAGCGGCAGCUGGUGACUCUGUUCUCAGCUCCAAACUACUGCGGAGAGUUUGACAACGCUGGAGGCAUGAUGAGCGUGGACGAAACCCUGAUGUGCUCCUUCCAGAUCCUGAAGCCGUCUGAGAAGAAAGCGAAAUACCAGUACGGAGGGAUGAACACCGGUCGGCCCGUCACCCCACCUCGCACAGCCCAAGCUCCAAAGAAACGAUGAAGACGCACAGAGGGAGAAAGAGACGCAGAGCACGACAGAGUGGAGAGGAGAGGAGAGGAGAGGAAAGGAAAGAAGGGAUGAUUGUUGGCUUUUCACUACACAAAAUAAGUCAGAGCAACACUUGUCAGAGAAAACAAACAGACCUGUCUUUAUCACUUUUCUUUCUGGUCUCCUUCUGAACUGCUGUCCCACUUCUUCCUCCCAGUUUUCUUUCUCUGCAUCUGUGUAACAUUUUUAAAAACAAGUGUUUAAAAAGAGAGAAAACAGUUCAAAGGUGUCAUUCUGUAGCAUAUCAGAGUGUGUGUUUUUUUUGUCUUUUGUCUUUUUGCCUUUAAUUUUCUUGACAACAGAAUGACAGCUAGUUUAGUUUACCACAUCUCCUUACUUCCCCCGCCUGGCUGAACGGGCACAACAGGUAUUACUGACGACUGCUGGGUUUUCAAUAAAUAAUACAAGAAAUAAA